CACACCAAGAGACUUCGCAUCUUUACAAGUUUAGCACUGUGCAGUUACCAUGAGUGAGGAAUAUGUGGAGCAUCAGUACAUGUGCAGUGAGUGCCAGCAGCUCUUUAAUACGCUGGAGGAGGUGCUGGUGCAUCAGCAGAUCCACACCGGAGCAGAGAGGGACGAGGUCGAGGUCCUGCCGAGCCUGGAGGACUGUGACGCUGGGAAGAGCCAGUAUCAGUGCCUGGAGUGUGGAGCCAUCCUGAGGAACCCAGAUGAACUACUGCUGCAUCAAGAGCUGCACAUGAGAGAGGCAGGCCAGGAGCUGUGUGAGGUCACAGAGGUGGAUUCUGUUGAUGCAGAGGUGCCAAUCCAGUAUCAGUGUUUGGAAUGCCUGGCUCUCUUUGACACACCUGAACUGUGGUUGGCUCACAGACAGACACACAAUAGAAGCAGCACCCACAGCAGCUUGAGCACUGACACAGAAUAUGUUCUUCAGGCAGAUGGUUCAAUCACUCCGGUUCAGUUGCUCAAUGUUCAAAAUCUAGUUCUGGAUGAACAGAAGGCAGGCCAGAUCCUGACGUUGGCCCAGGCUCUCCGAGAGCAAGAAAACCCAUGUAAAACUGCAGCCCCUCCCAGAACUAUGCUAGUAUCAGCCAACUCUUCCCUGCCUGGCUCCACGUCUGCGAUGCUCCGCCUACAGUUCUGCUCCGCCCAAGCGAUCGCUGAUGGUUCAGCUUCAGCUACUCUCCGCAAAGCUAAACUCCUCACCCCUCUCUUACCUACUGAUCCUAUCCGGCUGGACAAUGGAACGACUUUGAACUUCCUCCCUUCCUCUGUUCAGAUGAACACAUUAAAUAAGGAAAAUGAGGAGCUUUUAAUUAUCCAUCCUUAUGAGUGUUCUGAGUGUAAUCUGCUGUUUAGCUCACCAGAGGAUUUCCUUCAACACCAAGGGGAGCACUUCUUAGGCCAGGACAAAGAGAGUGGGGACACUGGGGUGAUGGUGGGGUAUGAAGAUAUUUCUGAGGCUAAGGAAGAUGAAGGAAGAAGUGAUGGAUCCGAAGAGGGCAACAAAGUUGGCAAACUUAUUGCUGGGAGGCGUACAUACACUGUCCGCUCCGCUGGUUUGGGUUUGACACCGUCACCCAGCAAUCUUCAGUGCGAGGAAUGCAAAAGAACGUUCACCUCUGCCAAUCGGCUUGUGGCACACCUUCGAGUGCAUGAACAAGGAACACAUGAGUGCCCAGAGUGUGAUAAAGUGUUUAAGAAGUUGGUGUCCCUUCAGACUCACAUGAGCUCACACUCUGGUGAGGCUCGUUUUCUGUGUGUGGACUGUGGACAUGGCUUUACCACAGAAAUGACUCUUAUGAUACACAGGAAAUCCCAUACAUCUGAACCCCUGCACAAAUGCCCAUUUUGUUCCAAAACCUUCACCAACAUGACCAAGUUCUUGUACCAUCGUCGCACUCACAGAGUACGUGAGCCGACCACAGCAGUCUCUCAGUUUGUACUGGCCCAGCAGUCACCUCUCUCUAUCAUUCAAAGAGCAAGAGAACGUGAGGCUGCUUGGAGGAAAGAAAGACAAGCCGUGACUAUUCCUCCUGUGGAAGAUGACAGAAAAGAGUCCAGUGACACAGGUCCUGUGCUCACUGAAGGUAUUGCAGCGGUUUCCCAGUCUUCAGAGUCAACAGAAAAUGGGCUUCAUGCUGAACCUUCAAACACUGAACAAACUCAAAAUGGAGGGGAAAUCCAGACAGAUGACCCUAACCAUUCAACUGCUGCCAGUGUGGACGGAGGAGGAGAGGAAGAAAGAAAACUUGGGACUCUUGCUGCUGAGGAAGAGCCAAAGUUCCCUUGCUCUAUUUGUAAAAAAAGAUUCUCCACACAGGUCCGUCUGUUGCGUCAUCGCCGAACGACUCAUGCAACCGAAAGGCGCUUUAAAUGCAACAUCUGCGGGAAACCAUUCAAGAAGCAGAUCCAUCUGCGAAACCACCUGCGCACACACACAGGUGAGCGGCCGUUCCAGUGCAGCGUGUGUGGAAAGACCUUUUCCUCUCUUGCAAAUCUUUCCCGCCAUGGACUUACACACACGGGAGUCCGUCCGUACCGGUGUGACAUUUGCCACAAAGCCUUCAGCCAAUCGUCAAAUCUACGCCAACACCGUCAGCAUCUUCACAGCAACACGACGCCCUCACCCUGUCCAGACUGCUCUGCUACUUUUAUCCGUCCUGCUAAACUUGUAGCUCACCGUUUUCUUCAUCACCCAGGGGCACCGGCACCUUACCCCUGUCCUAACUGUUCUGAGGGGUUCUUGCGCAAGCGUCAGCAAGACCUACAUUGCCUGGACGAGCAUCCCAACCUGACACAGCCACACGGCAUCUCCCAGAACUCCCAGGUUAGCAGUCAACAGGGUGCGACGGAUAAUACAGAGCAACUAACCGCUCCUUCGAUGGCGAGACCUAAUCUGGAUUGCACUGUUUGUGGCAAGAGGUUAAACUCUCCUGCAAAUCUCCGUCUGCACCAGCUAAGUCACGGACUUGGGCCCGGCCGGCCACGAGGUUCCAGCUCUGCCACUGGGAAGUCUCAUGCCUGUCCGGUCUGUGGAAAACUUUUUGGUUCAGCCUCAAGCGUUACACUACAUCAGAGAGUACAUACCGGUGAGCGUCCGUAUCCUUGUGCGAUCUGCGGAAAACGGUUUCGCCAGAACACACACCUGCGGGAGCACCUUCGCACGCAUUCGGGCGAGCGUCCGUUCCGGUGCGAGUUCUGCGAUAAGGGCUUUGUGCAGAGCAUACAUCUGGCAGAACACCGGCGUACACACACGGGCGAGCGGCCACAUGCUUGCGGUGAAUGUGGAAAGACCUUCAAGACUGUUUCGAACCUUAGGAACCAUCGUAAGAUCCACACUCGCACCCAAAAGCAACAAGAGCCAGAACACGACACAGAAGCAGUGAUUGCAGAAUGUAACACAGCAACUGUUGCUGUUCUGGAAGCUUCUGAGAUGGACCUGGGAGCCAUGGUACCAGCCUUCUGCCAGCAAGAGGUGCAG